UUCUUUGUUCUCUCUGAAGAAUUCCAGGCUUCUUCGCUUCUCCAGAUCGCCACAAGCGUUAGGGUUAGGGUUUCCAUUCGAAAUCUUUCAGGUUUGAUCUCUUGUAUCUCACAUUGUGUUCAACCGGGCACCAGUCUAGCUCUCUGGUGAUGUCCUCUUGUUCUUGAAAUCGAUCUCUUUAUUGGUAUUUUUCAGGUUGAAUUUUAGGGUUUUUUAUUUCCCAAUGUAUUUGAUGAUUGAUUUUAGGAAUUAUUUGAUGUUUUUAAUGGUUUAUCUUGAUCUUGAUUUAUAUUUGGAGCUGUCGUAGAGUUGUUGUUUAGAAAUGGCUGAGGUGAUGAUGUUCAAAAUGCCAAGAUUGUAAGGGUUUCUUGUUUUCGAAUUUUCUUUGGAUUGAUUGUUUUUAGCUAUAGCAUCAAGAAAGGUGAAGUCUUGCUUGUUAAUUGUCAAUUUUAACCAUCUGAGAUCACUGUAAGGUAUUUCAAGAACUUAUCAGUAUCUCAAAUAGUUUCAAAAUUUCAUUGGAAGCUGAAGUAUGCACUCUGUGCUGUCUUAUGUUCAGUGUGUUUCAUCUUUGUUUAUGAUUUGUUUUUCAUGGUUGAUGUUUAUUAUUUGGAAUCUAUUCUUGAGAAUCAAAGUUUAUUUGUUCUUGUUUAUCUCUUUUAAAACAUUUCAGUUUUGUAGUGAUAAGUUUGACUGCAGCAGACUCAAAUGGCUUCCCGAACUCCGACUGUUCUUCGAAGUGAAAAUUUUUACAUUCACAGAGGGAAAGGUGCAGAUUUGGCAAAGGCUGAUUUGCCAAAACCUUCAAAGGCAGGGCGUCAAGAGAGAAAAGCUCUGAGAGAUGUUUCUAACACUGCUUUGAGGGAUGUCUCAAAUAUUGGGAAGCAACCUCCUCUUUCUAGUGCAUCAAAAGGCACAAUAUCGAAAGAGAAGUCUGCACUUCGCACGCAUGAAACUCCGAAAAAUGCCACAAAGAAUAGUCUGCUCUCUGAUGAGGAAAUCAAGAGAUGCCAUGAAUGGGCAAAGGAGGGAAUUGAGCAGAUCCAUUUUACAGGGAAUGAUUUGCAGAAACUACAGCAGGAUAAGAAAGAACAGAGUGUAAGAAAAAAGGUCGACAAGGUAACAUCGGCAUUGCAAGCAUGGUCAGAUAUAAUCUACUGUAAUGCGGGAAUGUCGCUGAAGGCUAAUGAAGAUAAAACAAAGAUGGAGCUUGAACCAGAGGUGCUUCCUCCCAUGAUAAAACUCCAUUCAAAUUCAGAUAACAAAGAACUCGAGCUACUUCUUUUCGAACCUGAGCUUGAUCACCUCUCCGCUGAUCCUACGUUUGAGCUCAACCCGAAGGACAACUCCGGCCUAGAACCAGAGACAACGGCCUUCACUACCAUACCCAUUAAGAAGUCCCCAGCAUCAGUUACCUGCUGCAUGUCAACUCUUUCCAGGUCACACAAACACUAAAGAUCCACAAGCCUGACCACUUCUGCGAGUCAUGUUGUCCAACCUCAACCUGCAAGACGCGGUAGCACCGGUCUUUGUCCCAUGCAUGUAUAUAUGAUGCUUUCCUUGAACUACCUAUGCCAAUGUUUUCCUGGACAUAAUUUUAUACUCACUUUCAAAGAC